GAUAUCAUCUUUGUUCCAUGCUUACUGAUUGCUAGGUGCACUCAAGCAUGUUAAGUUAAAGCAUGGCACAGACAAUAUUAAAGAUCUCUAGUAUGAAUUUUCUUUAUACUUGGAUUUCAGUUUGUCCCUUUGAAAUAAUUGUGAGACACUUGAUUUAAUCGAGGUCAACCCGCUAAUAUAGUCACUUACAGUUCUUUGCUGGAUGCUUUGUUCAAUAUGAAACAAUAUGACAAGGCACUUAUGUUAUUCAAUCAAAUAAAAGAGUGUGGCAUUGAUCCAGAUAUAUAUACAUACACCAUACUUAUAGAUGGCCUGUGCAAAAGUGGAAGACUUCAAAAUGCAAAAGAGAUUUUUCAAGAUCUUUCCAUUAAAGGCUAUCAUCUGAACACAAGGACAUACACUGUUAUGAUAAACGGGCUCUGCAAAGAGGGCCUACUUAAUGAAGCAUUGGCCUUAAUGUCUGAAAUGGAAGACCAUGGUUUCUCUCCGGAUGCUGUAACUUAUGAAACAAUUAUUCGUGCUCUGUUGGAAAAAGGUGAAAAUGAUCAAGCGCUGAAACAUCUUCGUGAAAUGAUUGCUAGAGGCUUAUGGAAAUGGCAAGAGGAGAAAUAAAUCAACUCAAAUUAAUAGAUUUUCUGUUGUAACUGGUGGGUUAGUGCUUAAGAUGUGUUGAUAGUAAUUAAGAGCUCAUGAUUGGUCUGGUGAGCAACUGUGCUUUAUUUGACUGAAUCUUCCUAGAAUUCUUCUAAAAGACAUGUAGUGGCAAGAUUAAUGACGUAGAUAUAUGAUUUUCACUGCCAUCUUUGAAACAAAUACAU